AAUCAGCCGGACUUUAUGAUUGGGUAAUAUGAAAAUGACGUCGGUGGCAUUCCCCACUCGGUGAUGACAUUUGGUCCCGAUUCAAGAAUCCGCACUCAACUGCCAGAAACGUGUCGAUCAUCCCCACCUUUAUAAACAUCGUUUCAACUGACAGGGCUUGGUUGUUUACACUCAUUCCAAACCACAGUUGGCACAAUGGCUGCCUCAACCCAAGACAUAGAGCAGCCUACGACUCCUACUCAGAAGAAGAAACCAGCCAAGCUGCGGCCGCGAAAGAAUGCAGAAGAUGAAGCUAAAGAUGAUAAACCGAGUGACACUUCACCAGAAGAGAACAAUACACCUGUAGAGACCGAUCGUCCUCAUGACGGUGAAUCAGUGAAGUCGCCCGAGCCUGAUCCUCAACCUGAACCCGAACUCGAGCCAGAACAACCUAAACGACGCAACCGCCGCACGCGUCGACCGCAGCGUGAUCCUGAAGAGCAAUCAGAAACACUGUCUGAAAGUCCUGAACAAUUUGGCACCUCGAACAACCGCGAACGACGACGUCGUCCCCGCCGGCGUGACGAGCAGCGCAUAGUGCCGUUCGGAGCUGACAAAGUAGGGAGGGAAGUCGGGCGGAGACAGGACGCCAGCGGUCCUCUGGAUAGUAUCAGCAACGCAAAUGGCACAAUGAUGGGACAAGGUCAACAAAAUCAAGCCCAGCCGGAGAAGCAGAAGAAAGAGUCAAAGGAUAAUACGCUAUCGUUACGGCUGGAUUUGAACUUGGAGAUCGAGGUGCAAUUGAAAGCGAGGAUUCAUGGUGAUUUGACACUGUCUUUACUGAAUUAGAUCUGGUAUCUACGGGAGUCGGGUGUUGAGGGUUAUGAAUUCUCAUUUAGUCACUGGAAUCAGAUAUUACCAAUUUGAUACGGGUAUAAACAAUCUAUAUAUGAGACCAUCUUAAAUUAUUCGUAAACCAUGAGCAUCAUUUCGCAAAAUACAACGCUCAGCCACGCUGAAUCCUAGCAAGCCCAAUUUGAAUGUCUUCAGA